AGAAAGACAUGGGCCAGUAAGUGGCGGCGCAUGCGCAGUCUCUGUUUGGAGUUGGAGUGAAGCACACAUCUCGCGAAAGUGAAAGGAUUACAGCAUGGUACAGCAUUUGAUAACUUUCGGCUUCUGCGUCUGCUUCUGCCUCAGGUUCCUGCUGGCUGCAUCCGCACAGCAUGUGCAGGCCCAGGCCUUGGACAGUGUGUAUCAGGCAUACAAUCUGGAGUUGGCCUUUCCCUCGGACCUCGAGCGGGAUAGAGUGCUGCGUGAAGGUCUCUACGAUCCCGCCAAUGUGAUUCCCAUCGAUGUAGACGUGUACUAUAAGCAUGGCGAUCCAACGCCCUCAAUCUUUGUGACCAUUCCGCGCUUUGCCAAGGGUGUGCCCUAUUCCCUGGCCUAUGUGACCAACGAGAUGAAACCAAAUGGGACCCUUCUCCAAGCCUACCCCAGUUACGAGUGGCACAAGACUCACGGCGCCGACUGUAACGGCCUGACCUCUGUCUACAGGACUCAGAUAGACGACUGCGGACGGCUGUGGAUCCUGGACAGCGGCGAGAUCGACUUUGUUCAGCUGUGUGCCCCGCAAUUGUAUGCCAUUGAUCUGGAGAAUGGCCAAGUGGUGCAUCAGUACCGCAUGCCGAAACGCCUCUACAAGGAGGGCGUCAGCCGUUUUGUAUCGCCCACCAUUGAGCUGGAUUCGCGCAAUUGCGAUGUGGGAUUUGUGUACAUGGCGGACUCUAUCGGAGACGGAAUUGUGGUGUACGAUGUGGCCGCCCAGCAGUCGUGGCGCAUCGAGAACAAGUAUACCUAUCCGCAUCCCGAUUUCGGAACAUUCACCAUCGCGGGAGAUAGCUUCCAGCUGUGGGACGGCACUGUGUCGACCACUCUAACGCCGCAUGCCUUGGGCGUGAAGCGAAUGAUGUACUUCCACUCCCUCUCCAGCGAAUGGCAGAUGGCCAUCCCCCUGGACGUGGUCAACAACGGCAGCAACUGGAAGCUGAACGACGUGAGCGCCGCUCUGGAUCAGUUUGUGGUCCUGGGGAAGCGGGGCAGUCAGUGUGUGGCUGCUGCCAUGAGCGAGACGGGAAUGCUGCUCUGUGGCCUGGUAAAGCCAGCCAGCAUUCUGGCCUGGAACACCCAAACACCCUACACGCAUCAGAAUCUGGUCAUGCUCAUCGAGGAUGAGGAGCGACUCCAGUUCAUGAGCGGUCUAAAAAUCGUGCGGAAUCACGAGGGCAAAGAGGAGCUAUGGGCACUAUCGAACCGAUUGCAAAAAGCAUUUGGGGCCGGACUCAACUUCAAAGAGAUCAACUUUCGCAUACAGAAAUGCGGGGUUCAAGAGCUGCUAAGCGGCGGGCCGUGCUAUUAAUUGGGAUUGUCGUUAGUCUUGCUUCCAAAUAAAACUGAUAAGAAUUUG